AUGAAGCAAACAUAUGGUUGCUAUAGCAAUCCAGGAUGGACUUCCAUUUCGACCUCGCAUCGGUCUUAUCAAUACCCUCAGCGUGUGUCGAACCGCGACAAGGCAGGAUGGAAGCGUGACACGCUAACCACUCGCCUGCAUUGCCAGAUUACCAGUGUGUCACAGGGCAUAAAUGAAGUUCAAUUUGAUGCCAAUAUAAAGUUGAUAACUUUCUUGUGUUUUAUUAACCAGGUUGAUUGCAAUAUAAAGUUGACAAUGGAGAUGGAGGUCAACAACACUUUGCCCUUUUUUGAUGUAUUAGUGAUCAGAGCAGGUGAGAAGCUAAGCAGGGAUGUCUAUAGAAAGCCAACACAUGUUGGCUUUAUACUUAAUUUUUUCUCUAAUCAUAGCUACAAAUUAAAAGUUGGG